CACGCACGCCCGUCCUUCUCCCCCUCUCCUCGGAGCACCUUCGCUUUCACAUUAUCGGGGAACAUUCUUCUCUCUCUCUCUCUCUUCCAAGAAGUCCGGGAGAAUCUCAUCUGCCCCCCUUGACCUGUGAAUUAGUUAGUUUCGUCCUGCCCAGAUCCUGGUGGAGCGGCAAGCCUGCAGCAAUCCGUGGGCAAACAUGAGUGGGUUGAAAAAGAAGUUUUUUUUUUCUCUUUAGCAAGAACCAGAACUAAAUCAUAUAGUUGUUUUAUGGCACGCUUCUGAUGGCCAACACUACAAUGGGAAGUACCACUCGAUCAUGCGAUGUGUACCUGCUGUUCAAUGGCGAAACACUGCUUCCAAAUGGUGUCCGUGCUUUCCUUUGUACUGUUGCCCUAGCGUACUGUUUUAUUGGUUUAUCCGCGAUCACUGCCCGGUUCUUCAAGUCGAUGGAGAGCAUCACAAACCACUCUCGGGAGGUAGUUACAAUUGAUACAGAAACAAAUACGCCUAUCGUGAAGCAUGAGAAGGUUUGGAACUACACUAUAGCGGACAUUGCUCUGCUUGCUUUUGGUACCAGCUUUCCCCAGAUCUCCCUUGCAACAAUCGAUGCAAUCCGUAAUCUCGGUCAACUGACAGCAGGAGGUUUAGGUCCAGGUACACUUGUGGGUUCUGCUGCGUUCGAUCUGUUCCCGAUCCAUGCUGUCUGUGUGGUUAUGCCAAGGGCAGGCUCUAUGAAAAAGAUUUCCGAUUUAGGUGUUUGGUUAGUUGAGCUGUUUUGGUCAUUCUGGGCAUACAUCUGGCUGUAUAUUAUUUUAGAGGUGUGGACACCUAAUGUGAUCACCCUCUGGGAGGCCCUGCUAACAGUUUUGCAGUAUGGAUUACUUUUGGUUCAUGCGUAUGCGCAGGAUAAGCGGUGGCCAUAUGUGUCAAUCCCUUUGGUCAGAGGUGAGAGACCUGAAGAUUGGGUUCCAGCAGAAGAUACUUCACUUCACCAUGACAAAAAUUGUGAUGAAAAUAGUAACAUACUACCCAGCGAGAAUGAUGAUGUGGAUAUAUUCUCCAUUCAUUCUUACAGCAAUGCAGAUUGACUAUCCAUUAAUAUACCGAAAAAGGCUACCGCCCCGCUUUAUAUAUAAAGCAAAGGUCAACAUCACCUGGUACAAACGCACGCCACCACCACACACACCCAAGGUAGGAUACAUAGGCGCUGAGCGCAGCAACACCACCCCUAGCACUACAACCACGAAGAGAUGAAGCCGCAUACGACGAACCGUGGACUCCAAGGUGGCGCCUUCAGGAAGGAUACGGCACCGAAGCGCCGCCCCCGCUCGAUCCGAGGAUCAGAGUUUCCCCUGGAGCCGCAUGAUGGGCAAUGAGAGCCGCGACGACGCCUUCAAGAAGGGAACGAGCUUCGCGUCGCCGGUCCGUCCGAAGAUAGAACAGGUUUUCACCCCGGCCAACACUCACCGCCACCGAACGCCACACCCUGGCUACCACGCCGCCCACACGGCCAUGGCCACCGGGCAGCACCAAGCCACGGGCUCUGCCUAAGAGCACCGCGCUGCCGCUGCCCCGGCUUCCAAGACCUUGACACCACCUCACCUGAGACCCACCGCUACCCCAACCAAAGAGACAAGCGGAAAGGUCCCUCCUUUCGCACCCCUGGGCGACGAGACCCAGUAGGCCGGCCAGCACUGGCAUCCAUUGACCCGUCCCGAAGCCCCGUGCGCAAGACGAGCUCGGUCCUGCAGCACCGUGAGGGGGAUGAGGUCAGUCCUGUUGCACCGUGCGCGAGACUAGCUCGGUCUGGUCGCAAUGUGUGCGAGACGAGCAAUGGACCGCAGCUGGGAGAGGGCCAGUCCUUCGAUGGAAGUAGCGCCCGCGCGACGAGGAGAUGGGGCGAAGGUCGAAACGGUCCGAUCGCAGACGAGCCGACGCCGGAGAAGCCGUCCGCCUCCGCAGGCAGAUCCGCCGAGCCACCGUGAAGCCGCCACGACACCGAGAGGCCACCAUGCGCCGGACCUCCCCACGCCGCCGCCCACGGCCGGAGCAACGACCACACCCGGCCGCUACCAUACUCGCAUCGCCCGGCGAGCUCCACGUGCCGGAGCCGCCGGGCACGCACCACCAGAUCGGCCCCACGCCAUCACCGGGCCGGGCUGAUCAGAACCAGCCCCCCAGCAGCCGGCCGCACCACCCAGACCCGCGCGCACCACCAAUGCCAUCCGGGAGGGCGGAUCCAUGCCGCCCUCGCCUGCACCUCGACGAAAGAAGCCCGACGGAUCUGGCCGAAGCCCAGCUGCCACCACUGCCACCGCCACGGGCACCACCAGCCACUGCACCGCCUGAUUCCCAGCUACGCCUGCCACGCAGUAUCGCGUCGCCCGUCGCCAGCGCCGUGUCCCAGCUGGAAGGAGCAGCCCCGUGCCGGUCCCCUCCUGCGAGGAAUCAAAAAUGCCCCGCCGUCACCGCCGCCGGGCGGGCUUUGCCCGGCCGAGCCCUGUGGCGGCGGCGGGGGAGGGGGGAGAAGAGCUGGGGGACCCUGGUGGCGGCGGGCUUUCCUCCCGGCUGCCGCACGGGGGCGACACGGGAAGGAGGGGAGGGAGAUACUUGCCUCUCUGGCUUCUUUUCUUGAAUCCAUCCAUUAAUAUUUCUCGGCAUUACGUACUCUAACACUACCCCCACCUGGACAUGCAGCUUGUCCUCGACCUGCAGCCUAACCAACUUAUAACCAUGACUCGACGCAACACAAACCUAACACCUAAAAACAAGCCUUUUACAUCUCGGCUUGUUUUAUUAUUCUCAACCUAAAAUGGACUGAGGCGCUUUAUUCUCAACCUAUAUAGUCAGGCAGACGUCUACCCUAGCCGCUGCCGUUUUCUCGUAUGGUUUCUCACCGCCGUUCCGGACCAUUGCACUGCCAAUCAAGUCUUCUCCAUCCCUCCUUUCGGCGUGCACCGGGAGAAGGUACAGCAGGCCUCCGGAACCCCGCCUCUGGUGAUCCUGUACGGGAGAGGGGCGAUCAGGUUUUUGGGGAGCGCACUCGCGCGACUGCUGGCAGCGACGACUUCGCGAACGACGACUUCUUCCCCGACCUCGGCAACCUCAUCCUCGACGACAUGGGCGACAACGUCAACGCCGGCGGUGCUGCUCCCGCUGCACCAUUUCCCAUGUCUCAGCAGCAUGGGGGAGCCGGUGUCCUCGGCCGGAGUUGCAUCUACUUGCGGGCGACCUCACUGUGACGAUCACAUCUACAGAUUCGGAGGUACAAACGACUGGUAAAGAAGCUCCUUCAACUAUUUGAUUUAAGAGAAGACAUGGGUUGGUGCUGAAAAUAUAUGUGUUGGCUAUAGGGCCAUAGAAAUAAUGAUCGAUGAUCAAAUCCAUCUCUGCAUUUAAAGGAUGACUCCUUCGGCGGUGUGCUGUCAAAUUUGAUGAAGUUGAGCAUGCCUGCCUUAUGAUCAAUCCUGACAGUGUGCAGCAUGAUAUGCACUUCUGCUGUUCUGUCUAGUUAGUGCUAUAGUUCAUUGGUUGCUAAAAUUGAUUGCUCAUCUCCUGCUUAGUGAAACGGCUGCUGGGUGUUUCUUUUCAAGUAAAUGGCAAUGCUAAGUUGCUGGUUUAACUUAGUAUUGUAGGGAUGGACAUAUGGAUUGAGUACCCUAUUGAAAGCUACACAGAUCUUAGCAGCCAAGAACUUCUAUUAGAAUAGCUUCGAUGGAGAAAAGUUAUUAUGGAUGGUCUUUUGUACUAUGUGCUUCAAUCAGAGCUUCGAUUUUCUUAGCCGGCAACAAGGUGUAAGAUAGCUUUGUGGAUGGUUUGGUGCCUUUGGAGCUUCCUCCAUUGAUGCAUGCAUUCUAUUCUGCACAUACCCUUCAUCUCCUACCUCCUCGUGUUCGUGCUCUCUGCUGUGAUUGGGCGGUUGAAAUCAAUUUAUCUGGAUAGCGAGGAGCAAUUCAGUAAUCAUUUACACACCAUGUAUACUUCAUUUUAUUUCAUGUAUAACCUAUAUAAGACAGAAAGUGGGUAGCUCCUCCGUUUCAAUGCUAGCCUGAAAAAUACUGAGUUUCCCUUUAGAUAAUUUCAUGUAUAACAUGUAUAAGAAAGUACCAUUACUUGAAAAUUUAUAGCGUGCAGACCACCACAAAGAAUAAUCUGCCUUUAGAUAA